GCGACAGUAAGAAACACAGUCCUCUCCUGAAGACGCGCAGCACUGAAGAAAGCUGUCAAGUGGGUGUGCAGACUGCAGGGUCCGGACCUCAAGUGAUUGGUAACCAUGAAGGGGCUUCUGUUCCUGUGCGCACUCUUCCUGUUUGGAGCUCAAAGGUCAUCUGCAUGCCCCAACCUGUGCUCCUGUCAUGGUGAUCAGGUGGAUUGCAGCAGCAAGUCUCUCACCUCCUCCUCGCUGCCCACCAGUUUCCCUCAAGGGACCACCUGGCUCCGUCUCCACAGCAACCUGCUGACCACCCUCCCUAAUGGGCUCCUGGAUGAUUUGACCUCGCUCCGCUCUGUCUCCCUUCAUGGUAACCCCUGGGUGUGUGACUGUGGCAUUCUCUACCUGCGAGCCUGGCUGCUGCGUCAGCCCGCCAGCCUAACAUCACACCUGGGCAUCAACUGCAGCUCCCCUCCCACCUUGAGAGGGCGGCUGGUGGUGUAUUUAACCGAGGCGGAGGUCCUGGAUUCCUGCCACUACUGGUACUGUGACCUGGCUUUGGCCUCACAGGUGUGUCUGUUUGUGUUUGUGGCGGUGCAGGCGGCUCUGCUGGUGGCUCUCAUCUUGUUCCUGAAGAGGUUUGAGAGGCUGUCCAGAGAGGCGAGGAGAACCACAGAGGAGAGCCUAACAGCCGGGGAGGGUCUGACAGAGAACGAGUUCAAACCUUUGAAGGACAGCAGCAUCUGAGAUGGAAAGCGACUAUCGGACACAAGAGAAGAAAAAAAGCUUUUUAAUCAUUUCCAGACUGACAGAGAGACACAUAACAAAUGCAGAUGCUUCCUCACACGGCACAAGUGGAAGGACUUGAUAAGCAAGAAAAUAAUGUAAAUCAUAUGCUACAUCACCAGAUCCCAACCAAUUGAGCACCUACAGAAGAUUUGAACCCUGAAGAUGAUCUGGCAGCUUGUGAUGGCCCAACACCUAACUAAGACACUUUAUGUUGGUUCUUCCUUUAAUUUCUCACCCAUGUGUGUCACUCACAUACCACUUGAGAAUGGACUAAAUUAAAAUAAAAAUUAAAAAUGGUUCGCACUGUAGAAUUUUGAGGCUGACACUGAUGCCGUCCUUUGAGAGUAAGAAUGUGUUGGACAAUAUUCAUUUUAUUCGGAAAAAAAGGAGCGGGGCUGUUAAAUGCAGGAAAGAGUGAAAAUAGGGGUUACUGAUUAAGGAAGAGCGCCUAGCUUGAAACAUAUUGGAAUCCAGAGUAGCUGCCAAUCCCAGACUUCUGCGUUCUUCAUGCCACUGCAUGCCUGCAUUUGUGCACAAACAGAGCGUAUUAAAUUUUCUCUUGUUUCUGCAUUUGACAAUUCCCCUCCUUUUUUCAGUGAUAACGUUUUUUUUUUUUUUGUGUUAUCACUUAUUCGCUUUGGAAACCCUUUUCCUCUGUUUCCUGUGAAGUAUUAAAUAUACAUUAGCGAGCAGAAUAAGGAUAAGGAUCCCUUCAGUUUGGUUAAUAAAAGGUUGUGUCCGAAAUAUAUGGUGAGCGGUAAAAUUUACAGUUGAAAAAUACAGUUGUCAGUAGUCUGUGGUGAACAAACUGUUUGGUAUUUCUAAAUUACCAUAAAUAGCUUUGGCAUUUCAGAACUGCAGUUUCUUUUUAUUUAUCAGCCAACAUGUACUGUACGUCAGUUCCAAUGGGCCUAUAUCAUGACCUAAUAUCAGUUGAUAAUAUUUACAAUUGUUAGGGCCUGUAGUCUAGUCACGUCAGUUCAAUUUUAUUUAUAUAGCCCAAUAUCACAAGUCACAAAUUUGCCUCAGGGGGCUUUUACAAUCUGUACAUCACCCUCUGUUCUUAGAUUUUAGAAUCAGAUAAUGAAAUACCCCCCCCCCCCAAAAAAAAAAAAAAAUCCUCUACAAGGGAGAAAGGGGAAGAUCCCUCUUUUCUUAGACAUGCAAUAGAUGUCAUGUAUACAAGAUAGAGCAACGUAGUAAAUCUACAUACGGUCAAUAAAAGCUACACACUUGUACUCACUCCCAAUUCAUUUAUUUUUAUUAACAUGUCAAAUAUGUGAUACCACAUGUUCAUGCCACAUGAUGAUCACCGGAAGAAGCAAGAUAGACCCUUUCUACCUUGACCAAAACCCAUGUGGCUGAAAUGUCAAUUUUCCGCUUUCUUUCUUCAAAGGCUUAUGUGGUUGAAAAACUGAUAAAUAAUAAUGGAUGUAUCUGUUAAAAACUUUGGACUCCAUUUUUUUCUGUACCCCUAAUUAGCACUUUGAGAUGCUUUAUUUGUGGAUGUAUGCAAAUAAAAACAAUCUUAACUGAAGAGAGAAUGAGAAUUGGUUAUGUCUGAAGUACUUUAUUAUAUUGUGAUAUCUGGAAAUUUUGUAUGUUUUUCUCAUGGCGUUAUAUUUCAAAGUUGAGUUCAGAUGUAGUAAUUUUCCAUUUUCUAUUCAUAUAUCGUGCAAUUUCUUGAUCAGAAAAAAAAUCACAAAUUAUUUUGAUUGUACAAUGUUUAUGUUAGUCCCACGUACAAUUUUAGAUAUUUAUUUUGGAACUGCAUUCUGAUCUUUUAAACACAAAACAAAUGUGAAAGGUUUCAUUAAAAUUUACUCA